CAGCAUCAUGGCCUCUGACCUGGAAAGCAGCCUCACUUCCAUAGACUGGCUCCCACAGCUUACUUUAAGGGCUACUAUUGAAAAAUUAGGGGGUUCCUCACAAGCAGGACCUCCAGGGACUGCCCGAAAGUGUCCCCCAGGCUCACCAACCGAUCCCAAUGCCACUCUGAGUAAGGAUGAGGCUGCAGUGCACCAAGAUGGGAAGCCACGUUACAGCUAUGCCACUUUGAUCACGUAUGCCAUCAACUCAUCACCUGCCAAGAAGAUGACGCUUAGUGAGAUCUACCGUUGGAUCUGUGACAACUUUCCCUAUUACAAAAAUGCUGGUAUUGGUUGGAAGAACUCUAUUCGCCAUAACCUGUCUCUGAAUAAAUGUUUCCGGAAGGUGCCUCGACCAAGAGAUGAUCCUGGGAAGGGCUCUUACUGGACAAUAGAUACGUGUCCAGAUAUAUCUCGCAAGAGGCGGCAUCCUCCAGAUGAUGACAUACCACAAGACUCCCCAGAGCAAGAGGCAAGUAAAAGCCCCCGAGGGGCUGUUCCGGUCAGCACAGAAGCCUCUUUGCCACCUGAGGCCACCCCUCAGCUGUCACUCCAGAGCAACACCUCCAUUGCCAACUAUAGUCAGCAGGGUGCAGGGCCCGUGGAUGUUGCCUCUACUGUAGCAGGGGGGCAGGGCCGUGAAGGGGCUGAUGUGCCACCCCCACUGUACAGUGCCAACCAUGACUUCAAGUUCUCCUACUCUGAGAUCAACUUCCAGGAUCUUAGCUGGUCCUUCCGAAACCUCUACAAAUCUAUGCUGGAGAAAUCAUCUUCUUCUCAGCAUGGUUUCUCUUCUCUCCUUGGUGACAUGCAGCCUUCCAACCACAACUACUACAUGUACCAGCAGCAGCAGCAGCAGCAAGGCCCCUCAUCAGUGGGUGCUGCUCCCCCACUCCACACUCCAACCCCAGAGGGUUGCCCAUCCCAAGGGGCAAAACAGCAGGGUGGUGAAGGUUAUGGCCCUCCACCAGUGAUGUCCAUGCACCCACCCCCAAUGCAGCAUGGAGGCUACCACCAGCAUCAGCAACAUCACCCACACUCCCACCCACAGCAGCAGCCACACCAGCACCAGCAGCAGCAGCAGUCACAGGCUUCAAUCAACAAUGCUGGCUUUGCAUUUCCCCCUGAUUGGUGCUCCAACAUUGAUUCCCUGAAGGAAAGCUUCAAGAUGGUAAACCGGCUGAACUGGUCUAGCAUUGAGCAUUCCCAAUUCUCAGAGCUGAUGGAGAGUCUGCGCCAGGCUGAGCGGAAGAACUGGACGCUGGAUCAACAUCAUAUUGCCAACCUCUGUGACUCCCUUAAUCACUUCCUUACCCAGACUGGUCAGCUCCCUCAUCUGGUUGGCCCACAGCAGCCCCCCCGAAUCUCUGAUUCUUGUGCCCUGAACAGUGGCAAACAGGAGCAAUCCAUGAAUCAAGUGAACUCCUAUGGCCAGCCCCAGCCCCCCCAUCUCUUCUCCGGGCCAUCUCCUAUGUACCAGAUUUCCACCCAGGACUCUCCGGGAUAUAAUCGCCCAGCUCACCAUCUGGUCCCUCGGCCUCCAGGGCCUCCUCCAGGCGCCAAUGAGGAAAUCCCCGAUGAUUUUGACUGGGACUUGAUCACCUAACGAGUUACAGACUUGAUAGCCCGUCCUUUGUGAAGGACGCGGGAGGGGAGGGGGACGUGGGGUCACUGGUGCCAGCACCACCCUCCCCAGCCUCCCUGCCUUGCCUGUAUAUAGAUAUAUAUUCUCUAUCUCCGCCAGAGAAGCCACCGCAAGAUGCUGCCGAAGAUAAUCCUUCCUUGCGUC